AGUGUAGUAGUGUGUUAACAGUAGGCUGUGCGAAAUUUGAAUUCAUUUUUCUGGCUUUAUCAACGUAAUAAUUUUAUAAUUGAAAGUGGAAAAUUAUUUUUGCGAUUCGCUUUUUAGUUUUGUAGAAGUUAAAUUCAACUUUGGUGUAUCAUCAUUAAUGUGCUAUUGUAAUCUGACUUAUGCUUUGAAAGUAUGUAUGGGUUUUAAUCAAUCGUGAUAUUUCCAAAAUUCCGUUUGGUGUUUGCAAAAUUAUCUACCCAUAGAGGUUUGUAUUAAAUGAAACAACAUGAUUGAAGUAACCGUAAAGACGUUGGACGCUCAGAACCAUCAUUUUACCGUACCUGAUGACUAUACCGUCGAACAAUUGAAAGAACACAUCGCUGAAACGAUUCAGAUUCCUAGUGAUUCUCAACGUUGUAUUUAUCUAGGACAAGUUUUACAAAAUGAAACUAAAUUAUCCGAAUACGAUGUUAACGGUAAAGUCAUACACGUCGUACAGAGACCACCUCCCAGCAGUGCUUAUUCUUCUAAUGCUCAGGGUUCGACAAACAGCGCAUCGUCCACAAAUCGUCGAUCAGAUACGCAUACCGGUACAAUGUACUUGGGAGCCAUGGCAUUUCCUUCGGAUUUCAUGGAAGGAGGCUUGACAUUCUUGCAUUCCCGCACUAAUUUAUCAGUGAAUCGUUUGGUAUUCGCUAGAACGCUUCUACGUCGAGCUAUCGGUAACAUCAAUUCGUUAGAAAACGCUAAUUACUUCGGAGCAGCUACGGAGCAAUCUCAGUCAGCUACCAACCAAGCUGCUAACGCGUUAGCCGAAGAUCUGAAUACAGAAGCGAGCGGAAGUAUUGCGGAUCCAGGUCCGGAUGUUGAAAUACGAAUCGAAAUACCUAAUUCCCAACAUGAUACUGUACCGGAGUCGAUGGUCGGAGGAGACGAACCAGCUGAAACACUCGGUGUAGGUUCCGACGAUCCGAGAGAACGGCCUCAAACCGAAGAAAGCACAGCCGCCGGAAGUGGUUCAUCCAGUACACAACAGGAAAGUUUCAGCGCUAAUGCGGGCAGUGGUCCUCAAGAUGACGCCAGCAGGAGACGUUCCCGUACUACGAUGAUGGCUCAAGUUCUAGGCGCAGCGUUACAUACUCAAGUUCGUUUGAUUCCGUUUAUGAGACUGUUGAGACAAUAUUUGCUUCAAGAUACAGCUUUCGGUCCAGAUAUACAAACAACCCAUACCGAAGAACAAGUCCAACAAUUGUACAAUUCCGUUUCCGAACUGAUGCAUUAUUUCGCUCAUAUUUACCACAUGCUUAGCGAUAUCAUGUGCGACUUCAGUCAACCACCUCCUCGUACAUUGAGAUGUCGUACUGUAGUUGUUCAACAACAACACGCUUCUUUGAGGAGAGAACCUCGAGCUAGGUCUACUGUUAUUCGAUCUCCUGUCGUAGCUGUUCGUACGACUCCGCCUAGUACAUCUACAGCGACCGGAGACUCCGCUAGUGCGCCGCCGACAACCGAAUCGUCUGAAAAUAAUGCGAAUGCUGAAACAUCCAACAUGAGCGGAGAUGCCGGUACAUCAUCUGUUGAAGUUGUUAUCGAAGAAGCCGAUACUACUAAUAUUCACGAUAAUAAUGACGAAAGCAUGGAUACCAGCGAACCAAUCAUUCCUGGAGCUGAAAUACAUAUUGAAGGAAGCAGUGCUGGUGUAAAUGAGAAUUCGAACGGUCCUACUGUAACAGUUAGAGGAAGAACUGGCAAUACGUACGUUAUUCAGUCUAUGCCUGAGAAUAUUGUACCAGAAGGAAUACGAAUCAAUUCGGUCGAAGCUACUAUUCUGACACCUAACGAUGAUAUUGCUAGUGCUCUGGGUGCUGGAGGAGCAAAUCCGAGAUGGAGAGGUGGUUUCUUGCCAACCGAGGUGCUACAAAACAUGUUUGGUUUCGUUAACCAUUUCCGUCACAAUCACCGACCUCCUCGAACCGCAUCCGGCGAAAGGAGCACCAGCAGUAGCAGCAGCAGACCUCAAACCGGUGGUAGUGCUUCGGGCGAAACCGAACAAACCGGCAGUCAAACAUCAACAUCAAACACCAACGGCACCGACGACAGUAAUCCACAACAGCAACAACAGGCACAGUCUCAACAGCAACCUCAACAACAACAAUCGAGCCAGAAUACUUCGAGUAGCGGUGGCAGUGGUAGCAGCAGUGGUGGCGGCGCAGGUAGUGGUGGUAGCGAAAGAUUCGUAGAGUUCGACGUACCCGGCUUCGGACGAACAUUUGAUCCAUUCUUGCCUUGUCAUUCGCACCAUAUCCAUCCGAUCUUAUCGCGUGGCGGUAGCAUUAGGCAUAUUGGUAAUUUACGCGCGAGUACUGCGCAAGCUUCGUCCAGCCAAGCUGAGCAGCCAAAUCAGGCAUCGUCACAGGCGACUGGUCAGCAACCUCAGGCUGGUGAUCAAAAUCAACAGACUUCUCGCGCAUCUCAAGCUUCUGCGCAAGAACCGAGUCAGAAUGGGACGUCGGAAGGAACCGCUAGAGCCGAAUUCGAGGGUACUUUCCCGAUGCCCGAUCAUGGUCAUAUUAUGGGUAUCCUUAAUUCGAUUCUGCCCAUGUUUAGUAAUGUCGUCUUCAGAAGGAGUAAUACCACCGGAUCUAGUACUCCGCCUACCGAAAAUGGUGCUGAAAGAAAUACCCAAGAAAGACCGACCUCCAGAACACGUUUCCAAUACACUUCAAACGUGAAUAUCCACCCUGGUGCUAUCCACAUCGAAAUCGACCCAGUCACUCGUAAUAUUCAAACAAAUCACACACCUAGCACCAACACCAACGCCGAGUCGUCCUCUUCAUCUCGUACUCGUAGAUUCCGUCGCCCUCCUCGACCUCGUAUGCCUGGCCAAAGACCAAGCCGUAGACCGAGAGCUUAUGCUAUGUCUGUUAAUCGCUCCGAACCCACCGCUGCCGAAACUGCUUCGGCUGAAGCUGCAUUUAUGGCCUCGUUCGACGGUACCGGAACACUUUGGCCUAUGUCGUCUGCAUCUUCUUCAUCUUCGUCGUCGUCGUCUAGCUCAUCGUCGUCGGAUAUCGAUUCGCCUGAUACGAGACACGAAGAAAAGAAGGCUAAGAAAGAGAAACGUUCAGAAUACACUCCUUGUAAGACUAUCAAGAAUAUGUAUUCGGCGGUGAAAAAAGAAACGGUACGUUAUUUAUUGGGAAGUCAAAAAUCCACCGGUGGCAAAGCACCUAAAACCGAAGUUAAAAAUAACACGUAUCCGUUAUUUUCGGAAAAUCAAGAGGCUGUGUUUUUCGAUAUCAUCAAAGCAGUGAUAAACGGUACGUCGAUUGAUCAAAUAAUCGGCGGCGGCGGCGGCAGUAGCAGCAGUAGCAGUGGUAACAGCGGUAGUCAAAAUUUGGAUGAAUUGACGACGUGCGUUAGAUACAAAAUACGCGAUCAUUUAACCGAACGUAACAUUCGUAAUGGCGAUAAAGAUAGCGUACUAAAUGCGGUCAAUAUUUUAAUCAACAACGAUUUAUUCAAAAUGAAGUACUUGCUGGACUCGGAUAGCGUUAAACAAGAAAUCGAUUUAGUAUCAACGUUGUGUAAAUUUAAUCAAGACAGUGUUCCAGAAUUAAUCGAAUUCAUAAUUAAAUCCGAAGAUUUAAACGAAGCAGAUACACGUAAAUUUUCGCAAACAUUCAAUUUCUACGUCGCCCGCCUAUUAACGUUAUUCGUUUACUGCAUCGCCGGAGAUGAUAAAAGUGUGCAUAUUAAAAAAGUACUCGGAUCUGUGGUCGAGGAGGUGAUAAAAAGAUUGCCGGCUAAAGAAGAACUGAUACGGUGGUUAAGAAAGGACCUAAUCAAUCACGUUAUCUCGUAUUCGAAAAUUUGCCAUCCCGAUAAUUUGCCGUCAUUUAUGAGACAUUACGUAGUGUACAGAUUACCUCCUGUUAUGCCGAUCGAAUGUACAGUUGCUACCGCGACCAUCACCAGUUUCGGAACGAAUGACCAACAGAAUACCGAACAGUCUCAACCAAUGGAAGUAGAAGACGCGGCACAAUCAUCCUCAUCGACAUCGAGCGAAGCAUCGUUCGUAUCGUUCAAUUCAGAAGAUAAUAACGCUCAGCAAUCUGCCCAGCAGCAACAACAACAACAACAACAACAGCAACAACCGGCUACGUCUGCCGAGCAGUCGAAUAACAACGAGACCUCAACGACAGUCUCUGGAAAUCCAACCAGCGAUGCUGCGCAGUCUUCAGAAGCAUUACCAGAAGUUGUAUUGAAUUCAGAGGAAUGGCAUAGGUCUUUCCCAUCGGAAUGGGUGCCUAUUAUCGCUCGAGAUAUUCAUAGACUGAGAAGGCAAGGAAGCCAGCCACCGUAUAGUGACGCUUAUUUAUCUGGAAUGCCCACUAAACGAAGAAAAUUGAUUAAAAAUAAUAAACCAGAUCUCAAUAACAGUAAUCAAUUAAUUACCGAAAAUCUAUCAUCGGCUAUCGAUUCAGCCGGAUUGUCGUCUUCGAUAGGCGCUAUAACGAGUCAAGUUAACGAAACUGCCGCCGGUCAGAGUAGUUUAUCUGAGAUAGUUAAGGAAGAAUUGAAAGAAAACGUUCGCGAAAAUAUAGUUCAACAAUCGGAUUUCUUACCACGACGAUUCCCCGAUUCUACCAAGUAUUUCAUGGAUAAGUAAACAAAAAAAAAGACUAGAAAUCAGGCAUAAUGGUUACAGUUUCUCGUUUCUUUUUUCUCUAUUUUUUUUCUUCUUUUUUUUUGUAUAUUUAUAUUAUAAAUAAAGGCUUAUUUAAUCGGAAUUUUAAUACUAUUAUUAUUUGAUAGCGGUAGUGUAUAUUUUUAAAUUAUUGUUUACUACGUGUUACUACGUUUUAUUAUUAGUCGAAUUCAUUUUUCAAUUUGUACAAUUUUCAAAUUAUUCGCUUUCUAAUGUUAAUGGAUUUAUAAUACGAAUUUAAAAUACAAAAAAAUCAAGUUGA